AUGAAACGCAAUGCUCACACGGCAAAUUCCUCUUUAAACGAAACUAAUAAUAAUAAUAAUAAUAAUAAUUCUUCUAAACGUUGUUGCAUUGAAAAAGAUAAUAAAAAUUGUGUUGCAAGUAAUUCAUUAACUGCAUCUUCAUCAACAAUUGAUAAUAUUUCAUGUUCAUUAGUAUCAUCAUCAACAUCAACUGAUUUAUUAAAUAUGGAAGAAAAUAUGGAAACAUUAAUUAGUAUGGGUUUUACAGAUCGUGAAUUAAAUCGUAAAGCAUUAAAUAAAGCUGGAAAUGAUAUUGGAGAAGCUGUUACAUAUCUUACUGGUUCAACAUUUUUUACUGAUGAUUCUAUUAUUCCAAAUGAAUCAAGAUCAACAUCAACAUUUAUUGGUCCACUUACAAAAGAAGAAAUGGAACAUCAACAACAACAUCAACAACAACAAAUUGUUGCCUUAGAUAAUAAUUCAAAUGUAUCUUCUGAUGAUUUAUCAAUGAAUAAUUCAAAUUCCUUUACAACAAGUGCUUUUCUUGAUCUUGAAACAAAAGUCUAUGGAGAUAAUUGGUCUAUUCCAUAUAAACGCGAAGAAGUUCUCGGUCGGUGUCUUUUAUCCGCUACUAAACUUGCAAUUGCUGGUAUUGCUGAUCAAGAUGAACAUUGUAAAAAAUUUAUGGAAAUUUUAAUUCCAGAUGCUUUUCGAAAAUUACAAUGUUCUCAUCAUGUUAAUAAUUGGGGUGUUGAAGUUCAAUUAGGUGUAUUUGAUAUGGUACAAUUAUUAAUCGAUUUAAUUGCUGCACGUCUAUCUUAUUUCCCAGUACCUAUACAAUUACUUGAAACUUUAGCAAUAUUAUUUGAUCAUGAUUCAGUUUUUCAACGAAAACAUAAAAGUAAACCAUAUGAUCGUUCACUUUAUGAUAAACAAUUAGGUGAUCGUAUAUUGGCUAAUUCAUCAUCAUCAACAUUUUCUGUUUAUAAUCGAAAUGAACCAUAUGGUUGGCUAUGUGAAAUAAUAAAUCGUUUUGUUUUAAAAGAUGGUAUACAAAAUUUAAAAGAACAAUUUAAAUGUGAACAACCCUUAACAGCUAUUGAAUACAAUGCUUUACUUUCCCCAUUUGUUAAUUGUAUGGAUUAUAUAUUCGUUGAAAAAUAUCGACAAUUAUUUAGUGAACAUAUUGAACAAGCAUUAGAUUAUAUAAAAAAUUUAAAAGAAGAAGAUUUUAAAGCAAAAUCAACAAAUUCAAUAUUUGAAUUACUUACAACAUUACGUAAAAUAUGUUCAGUUGUAUGGACUAAUCGUCUUGAACAAGUUGAAGAAUUACAUUUAAAUUUAUUACUUAAAAUGGUUGCUCUAUCAAAUUUUAAUGCAAAAAUGAAUUCAUUAAAAGAACUUGCAAAAAUAAUUGAAAGUUGUACAUCAAAUAUUCAAAGUAUAUCUAAAGCAUCUAUUCCACGUGAUAUUGUUAGCGAAUGGGUUAUUGAACAUUCUAUACUUUCAAAAGCAUUAGAAGGAAAUAUUGAUCAAAAUCAAUAUGUAGAAAAAGUUCGAACAUUAAUGGAUUUUAUUGCACCAAGAAUUUUAAAAGAAGAUAUUGAAACUAUAUGGAAAAUGCAGCAUGGUCGAUCAUUAGUUGCAGUUGAUCAUUUAUUUACAUUAAUUGCAUCGGCAGCAGCAAAAUUUAAUUUAGAACAACUUAAUCAUCUUAUUGGUUUUAUUCAUAGCUCAUGGAAAACUGAAACAAUACUUAUACAAGAAAAACUUAUCGAAUUACUUGGUGCUAUUGGUCGAGAAUGUCAA